AGUUUCUGUUGGAGUCGAUGGACAACAGUAACUAAACUCAGGGCGCUGGUGGAUCCGGGUAGGCUUCAGCGACAACUCGGAAUUUCAAAUUUGUAACGGUUCGGAGGUGACUUCAGCCCGCCCUGGGAAUCGCUUUCUGCUUCGAUCUUGCCUGCUGUUUGAGGAGCACCAAUUCGUGCGGGAUUGUUGAUGUCUGUCGAUUAGGUGCGGGGUGGGGAGACGGCGAAGGGGAGGCGAGGUCGGAGGUCCUGUCGACGAGGCGGCAGCGGAGACGGAGGGAUGCGGCGGAGGUGGGAGAGGUUGAGCGUGGCAGGGGCGAGCUAGUUAGGAGGCAUAAGGUGAGAGAGAGAGGAGAGACUUCUGGUAGGUAUACGUGGGUGAGCUCCUGGGAUGCUCCAGAUGAAGAUAAGAAUCGGAAGAUAUGAAUUGGAGGUUAGGGUGAAUGAAGGCGAGUAAGGCAGAGGGAAUCCUGGAGUCGAUUAGACGCAGUGCAAGGAAGGAGAUAGGAGCUUAGAGAUGGGGAGAGGAGCGUCGCCCAUGCGGAGUAUGGUGCGAAGCUCUCCCAAGAAGCCGUCGCAGGAAAACAUGGAUUCGCAUCAUGUCAAUUUCGGGGAGUUGACGCCCAUGCGAAAGCCAUUGAGCUCCAUUUUGGAGAGUAGCCGCAACCCUCUUGUGGCUUCUGAUGAUAAUGGUGGUUACUCAUCGGUUUCCAAAGGGAAAUUGGAUGCUACGACGCCUAAAAUGAAGAAGAGAGGCGGUCAGUGCUUGUUGACAGAGAACAUCGAUGGAGGAAAUGCUACUCCGGAGAAACAAGGUCACGGUAAAGUCAAAAAAUCCCGCGCCCGGCACCAGUCCCCGGCGAAGAGCCUAUCUACUGCCAAUGUGUUGGAUGUCGGAUCGGUAGAGCCAGGAUGUGAUAUGCCUUCAAGUGACGAUGACCAAGCAGUAGGUACGUGUUGUAAAGGACAAUUGGAGCAGCACGGUUCCUUCAAGCUGGCCGCUGAGAAUACAAAUUCUCUCACGCCCCGCGCUAACAAUGAGCGUGGAGGUAAACUUGGCACCGAAUCUGAGCCGACAUCAUCUGCACGUGCCAGUUCUUGUCAAAAUAUUUCUGCCACCCCUGCGAAGGGCGUGACACGGACUCUUAAGUUCGGUGCAGCACAUGGACCCGGAGUACCAGGUUCUUCGACCUCCCGAGCGCUUGUACCUAUCCCUCAAAGUGGGCGAAAUGCGAUCCAAGAAGCCGUUGAACAACAGUUCAAUCUUGAAGAGGAUCCUACGUUCUGGCAUGACCACAAUGUUCAGGUGUUAAUUAGGACCCGCCCUAUCAGCAGCUCAGAAGUCAUCUCCCAAGGAUUCAGUAAAUGCUUGAGACAGGAGAGUCCUCACACCAUCACAUGGUUAGGGCCACCGGAAACUCGCUUUACAUUUGACCAAGUAGCUGGCGAAAUUGUCUCUCAGGAGAAGUUAUUCAAUGUUGCGGGGUUGCCAAUGGUGGAGAACUGUAUGGCUGGUUAUAACAGCUGCAUGUUUGCAUAUGGCCAGACUGGGAGUGGUAAGACCCACACUAUGCUCGGAGAUAUUGACCAUCUCGGAGACAAACCAAGCGACAACCGGGGCAUGACUCCUCGAGUCUUCGAGUAUCUCUUCUCAAGAAUUAAAUUGGAAGAGGAACGUCGUGCGGACGAGAACCUUAAAUUUUUGACCAAGUGUUCCUUCCUUGAAAUUUACAAUGAGCAAAUUACUGAUUUGCUGGAGCCCACAUCUACCAAUCUGCAGAUGCGAGAGGAUGUUCGGAAAGGAGUGUAUGUGGAUAACUUAACAGAAGUCGAAGUGAACAGUGUCCAGGACGUCAUUCAGUUACUUAGCCAGGGUUCGGCCAACAGGAAAGUAGCAGCCACAAAUAUGAACAGAGAGUCCAGCCGCUCCCACAGUGUGUUCACAUGUAUUAUCGAAAGCAAAUGGGAACGGGACUCUAUGACUAACAUCCGAUUUGGAAGACUUAAUCUUGUUGACCUUGCUGGGUCAGAAAGGCAAAAAACCUCCGGUGCUGAGGGUGAGCGGCUAAAAGAAGCUGCCAACAUUAACAAGUCUCUGUCUACCCUUGGAUUAGUCAUCAUGAUUCUCGUCGACGUGGCAAAUGGGAAACAACGUCACGUCCCAUAUCGGGAUUCAAAGCUCACCUUCCUUCUUCAGGAUUCCUUGGGAGGAAAUUCAAAGACCACCAUCAUAGCAACCGUUAGCCCUUCCAGCUGCAAUUCUCUUGAAACAUUGAGCACUCUGAAAUUUGCGCAACGUGCGAAGCUCAUUCGCAAUACGGCCGUGAUCAAUGAAGAUGCAUCGGGGGACGUGAAAGCAUUGCGUGCUCAAAUUCAACAGAUGAAGGAGGAGUUGGAUCGCCUGCGCCGUCAAAGCAUUUCUAGAGUACCUCUAUCGCAGGAUGAUUUUAAUCCCAUUCGCAGCUCGAUUGAAUCCUGGGGGGAUGCACACAAGUUUUUUGGCAGUCCUGAAGUGUUCAGCAGAAAGUUCCGGCAGAUGGAGUCAGUCGUCGAAAGCUUGAAGGCGGAGCUAGCUGCUAAGGAAAAAAAUCAUGAACCGUCCAGAAUGAAGGACCUUGAGUUGGAGAACAUCAAACACCUCGAACUGAUUGCUGACCUCAGGCUUCAAUUGAAACAGAGUGAAGAGAGGGCCAAAAUGCAGGAAUGUACUCUUGGUCUCCAGUUACAGGCCGCAUCAAUAGAGACCCAGAAUUUGCACUCAGAGCUUGAGGCCACUAAGGAGGCGUUUGAAGCUGCACGAGCCCUUGCGAAGAAGCUUCAAACCCAUGAGGCCGCUCUUGUUGGUUCUCAGUAUGCAGCGGCUGUCAAGCAAAUCAGGCUGGAGACGGAGGAGAUGGCAGUGCAACAGAGCCAGUCUUUGACUAAUAUACAAGAAAUGGCUGUUCUGUUCCGCAUGAAGGAGACAGAGCUUAGAGGUCAGCUUGAAGACGCCCAGAUCAUAAUUCAGAAGCUUUCGGCCAAGGAUAAGGAGAAGAAAUCAGGUGGAGUGUCUGCUCAACUGGAUUCUGGCAAUACACCCAAUAGUGCCAGAGCGGAAGAUGGCUCAUUUGGACGGCUCCAAAGAGCUCAAGAAAUCGAGAUGCGACACGCAGAAGAAGUCAUGCAAUUGCAGUUAGAGUUGGAGUCGCUUGAGGCAGUCCUAGAGGAAGAAAGAGUCCAAAAAGAAUCUGCGCAGGCUACAUUAAAUGAAGAGAAAUCUCUUCGACGUAAGGUUGAGGAGAAUGUCGCCAAACUUACCUACCAGUUGCAAGAGGCUGAAGAUAUUAUCUCCAAUCUGAAAGCCGCUGCUGCGGUGAGAGAGACUACAUACUUCGACGCAGUUUCCAAGCUACAACUGUGUUCUCCAGAUCUAAAAUCACCACGUCGAAGUGAGCAACUCGACCAAGAUAAAUCUCUGAUGGAAGCCUUGGAAAUUCACCAUCAUCAUUCGACCCAAGAAUUUGAGGCACUGCAAGCUGAUCACACGAAGCUUUUAGAGAAGUUAGAGCGGAGGGAAGAAAGGGAAAAGAUACUUAGAAAAAAAAUCGACCGUCUAGAGCAUGAGUUGACCAAGGAGCAGGAGAUUCGGGACCUAGAACGGGAGUGUGCCAAACUGGACGAGGGAGGCUUGACAGAGGAGGCUGAGAGGUUGUCUUUGGAGAAGAAACUCGAGAGUGCUAAACAGGAGCUUGAAAUUGUACACACUGAAAAUCUUAAGCUCAGUGAUGACGAGUUUGAGAAAGAUAUGGCUCGGUGUCAGGCAGAAUGUGAAACUGUAAUAGCAAUUACCUCCAUGCAAGCCGAGCUUGUGGACUUGAGGGGUGAAGUUGAAUCCUUAUGUCUAGAGCUUGCAGCUGCCAGGGAAAUGGUCUCAGAGCGCACAAAUGAGCUAGAUAAAACUAGGGUGAUGCUCACCGACGUUAAAGGUGAGAACCUUCUAAUAGUGGAGAAGUUCGAGUCCAUUCUGAUGGUGAAGGACCGUGAAAUUGAUACUCUGCGAAGGGAAUGGCAGAGUGCUACGGUGAAGCUAAUAGAUUAUCUUGCAGAGGGAGAUAAAGCUCUAAAUGAAGCGUCCUUCGAGAUGGAGCAGAUAUUUAGCGAUUACUUGCCUUUCUCAGCAAGGUCCAGCCGGGACAGUAUCAUCAGUUCCAAAUCUACUGAGAAAAUGAAAGCUGUUGAAUUAAAACAACAAUUGCAACAUGCGCAAGUCCUUACGAAGGACGCUGAAGCAAGGGUAAGAUUGCUAAAUGAGACGGCUUUCGCACUGGCCACGGCUCAAGCUCUAGACGCCCCACAAAAGCUUCAUCGCUUAAGCAUUCAAGCUGCUGAAGCCAUGGAGAUUCUUCACAGCGAAGCCGAUUCCAUGAAGCUAAAGUUGCUCGAGUUUGAGAAGUAUGCAAUGGUGAUGUCGGUCUUCAUGCACUGGCUCGCACAGUCGGGUGACGCGAAGUCAAUAGCAGGAAGCAUAGGCUGUGAAAAUCCCAACGUGUCUGAAUCCUCCAUCGCUGUGUAUAGUUUGAAGGAAAAGCUUGCUUUGACCUUGUCUGAAUUGAAGGAGGCGAAGGAUAAAGCAGCGGAGACUGCAGCCGCACAUGAAAGCCUUGCUAUCGUGAAAGAAGUGUGGGAAGUUGAGAAGAAAGGUCUUCAGAGCGAUCUCAGCAGCUUGGAGAGGGAUAAACUAUACCUUGAAGCUGAGAUCGAUGCAUUGAGAUUGGAGCUGUCUGGAGUACAGCACCGCUCUGACAGGUCCGGAGCUCAGGAAACGGAGGCCAAAUUCCUCCUAUCUAGUGAAACCUCUGACCUCCUCAAGGAGAAGGACGAGAGAAUUUCCUCGGCAAAACCAAUGAGUGAGCGGAUAUCUAGCAUGAGCGUUCCAAAAGAGGACAGGGAUGUCCUCGAGAUGAGGAGGAAGCUGGAGAGUUUGCAAGAUGAAAUAAGGGUGAAGGAGAAAGCAUUGGUGGACGUCGAGAAGCAGCUCUUUGAGUCGCUUCAAGCCUCAGUAGCGCUCGGUAAAGAAAAGGAUGACGCAAUCUCUGACCUUACUGCAGAGCUCAACGAAAUGUCUUCCAGAUACGCUGGAAGUAGUGAAGAACUGGGCCGGGUCCGUGGUGAAUUGGAUUUUAUCCAGGCAGAGCUUGGGGCAAAAGAAUUGCUUCUUCAAGAUUCCCAAACCCGUGUCACUCAAGAAGAUGUGGUCUUCGACAAACUCUCAAAGGAGAAAGAGGCAAUUGAAGCCGAGUUAGAAGCAGAAGGACAGCUUCUACAGGAAUCUUUGGCCCACAUAGCGCAAGUAGAUAUCGUCAUGGAGAAACUGACAGGAGAGAAAGAAGUCCUUCAUUCACAGCUUGAAAGUAUGACCCUGGAAGCUAACGUGGCAUCUUUAAGGUUGUGUGAAGCUGAGGAGGCACAUUCCUGUCUGCAGGAUAAGGUUGCUUUCAUCGAGGCUCGAAUUGCUGAAUAUGAAAGUAAGGAGCAGUCUUUGGUCAUGGAGAUAGAAGAGCUCUCCACCGCGAGGAAUAUGAGUGAUGAAGAUGUGCUCCAGUUGCAAAAUGAGGUCUUGGAGCUCAGGAGAGAGCGAGAUAGCCUGAAUUUAGAGGUGUCGACUAUGGACAUGCAAUCGGCUAUUAGCGACAAGUUACAGUAUAUCCAAUCAGUCUGUAUUGAGACUGACGAUCGAAUCGCCUCAAUGCAGUUGGAAAUAGAGGCUCUUACUUCAGCUAAAAAGACUCUGGAGAGCGAAGUGCAGUCGAUUGAAGCAAUGGCUGCACAGCUGCUCCUGCAUACAGCGGAAAGAGAAGAGAGCCUCGAAGUUUCUCAAAUGCAUUUCGAACUCGAGCACAUGAAGUCGGUCGAUGUUACACAAGCUUUCUUCGCACAAACAGUGGAGACCCAGGGCAGUCCCAAAGAAAUCUUAGCUGUUCACGUCAAUCUUCAGGCCGCUGAGGAGAAGAUUGCUUGCAAAUCUAAGGUCUUAGAUGGUUUGUUUAAUUCCAAAGCCGAGAAGGAAGAAGAAUAUCGACUUCUUAAGGACCAGUUGGAGCAUAAAGCAGCAAAGCUCUUCCAAGCUCAAGAGAAGUUGGAAGAGCUGGCUGUGCUUGUACAAGAGUAUUCAACCGCAGAAGAGAGCUGGAGGAAUGAGAAAGACAGACUUUUAACAGAGGUUCGCAUAUUAAAGUCUGAAUUGGAGGAGAAGGAAUUACACUGCCUGACUGUGCAGGAAGAAAAAGAGGCUCUUGAGAGACGUGUUCAAGAAGUGGCUGGUGGAAACGAUGCCGCUUCAGCCACUAUUUCGUCGCUGAAAUCUCGAACUGAAGAUAUCGAAGCUUCAGAUAGAAAUACUCGUACGAAUCUUCCUUCCGAUGCUGAUGAUAAUGAACUAGCGAAAGUCCGGGCUGCUUUAACAGGGGCUGAGGAGAAGGUUAAGCUGUUGGUAGACGCUAAUGCCACCAUGACGGACGCGUGGGAAGGAGAAAGAUCGAUGUUGAAUGCUGACAAGGAGCUGAUGCAACUUGAGAUUUCUCGAUUAGAGAAACCUGUUCUGUCUGUACCUGGUCAAUGUAACGCCACAUCACGGGAUGCGGUUAUUGGAAAAGAUCAUUACAUAGAUGAGCUCAAGCAAGUGAUGAAGAGAACCAGCGCAGAUUGUGAGAAGCUACGUUCCAUACUCCGAGAGCGGGACAAUACAAUUCUUUCUGUGAAACUGCAAUUAGAAGAGGCCAUGGUACACUACAAGGAAGCCGAGAUUGAAAUGGAGAAGACGAUCAGAGAAAAAGAAGACGCGAUUUCACGAAUAGCCGAAUUGGAAUCAGAAGUUUCCAACGCUCAGGACGAGAUCAUGAGGCGCAGGAAACAAGUGGAGUCUUUCGAGCUCGAGUUGGACAACGUAGUGGUGAGAGUGACGGACUCUGAAGCUCAACGGAGGGCACAGGGAGUUGAGUUAGAGUGCUCCAUGGAUAUUGCCCUAGCUGAGACCUGUGAGGAAGAGUGUAAGAACGAACCUAAGUACGAAAGUGAAGCUGCCCGAGCUGAGAGUGACAAUUAUUCUGUUCUCGAAAAAAAGAUGCACGGAAGCUUUUUUGGCUCUAGAAGGCACGCCUCUGAAGAGGUCGACGACUCCAUGAGCCUCUGCAUGCCCACUCUAACUGCGAUUGCUUUAGUCAAGGAGGAGUUUGAUUUCAUGAAGAACCACAUUGAAAAAGAGAUAGAGUCCCUCGCCGAUAACGUAAAAUCUCUAAAAGCUGAUAUGAGUAGCUGGUUUUCUGGGAUACCUGUAGAUUGUAUUCAAGAGGAUUUGAAUCAUAUCAUGAAAGCGCAUAGCAUGGAAAUUGUUAGCCUAACUCGAAAAAUUCAAGGCUUGGAAAGACUCUUAGCUGGUAGAAAAUUCGAUGUCUCAACGCUACAUACCACCCUUCUAAGUGUACCGGAAGUCGAGCGGAAGUCAUUAGCAGAGGAAGAGGUCGUUGGAUCGGUUAAUUAUCACCAGGCAGCUGAUCCAGCAUCUGCUUGUGCAGAUCUUGAAAACACUAGGGUGGAGCUUGAGAUGUCUGAGGCUGCCGUGUCUGAACUCCUAACUGCGGUAGGUGAGAGAGAUGCUACUUUGUCAUCCUUAGAGUCAGCACUUAAACAGUCCCAAGCGCGAUUGGCAGAGCUCUCUGCGGAGGUCGACUCUAAUCGACAGGAAGUUCAAUCUGCGAAGCUGGCUCUCUUCAAUGUGGAUCAGUUGCGCGCUCUUGUAGACACUCUUCAAAGACAGGUUACUCAAAGGGAAGAACUCAUUAAAGGCCUUGAAUACGAUAUCAAUCUUCUAGAGGAAUCUGGAGCUGUAGAUGCCGAGAACGCGGCAAAGACUAUAUCUCAGCUGCAGAAAGAUUUAGACGAUAAGAGUAGUGAUGUGAAUAUGUUCAGAAACCGGAUAGCGACUCUAGAGGCAGUACUUGAUUCAAAGCUGAAUACGCUGGCUACCAUGGAGAGAGAUCUCGUUGCCUCAAACGCGAACGCUGCUGAGGCUGCCGUAGAGAACUCGAAUUUUCACGCUAGAGUGAAGGCACUGAAGUCUGAACUGGCGGCGCGUGAUGCAUUGGUCAAGGAGAGCGAAUUCGUCAUUAUAUCUCUGAAGUCAGAGCUGGAGAACGCCAAAUCGUUCAUGGCUGAGAACGAGGCGGUUGCUAUCAAAGCCCGCCAGUCUGCAGAGGUGUUCAAGAGCAAGUCUGAGGAGAUGAUGGCGGAAGAGGAACAGUUGAGGAACAGAGUUUCUGCUCUUCAGAAUCAAGUUAACAUUCUUGAGAAGAAAAUUGAGGAGCAGAUUCACAUGCAAGAGCUAGCCGAGAAAAAGCUCACGCAAGUCCGGCAUCAAGGGUCCACGUUCCCUGUACUAGAAUCCAAAGAAGCGCAAGCUGCUACACAAACGUUGGAGAGGAAGUUGAAUCUUAUGGAGGCGGACCUGUCAAUAGAGCAACAGAGACACGGAAGCCUGCAAUUACUGUGUGAGGAGAAAGAUCGCCAGAUCAAGGAUUUGAAUGCCCAGAUUAACCAACUGACGCUUUGCGGAAAACAAACUUCAGAGUCUCAACAGAAGGUGAGGCUGGAGGCAAUGGUCCAGAGCAGUCCUGCAAAGUCUCUAGCUAAAGCAUCGAGCAUAGGCCCAUCUUUCGAAUUCAGAAAUGCUGACUUUGCAGUGAGGCGCCGGAUCGAGGAGCUUGAAGCUCUCGCCGCAGAGCGGCUGAAGGAAGUGUAUACGUUGAACGCUAAAAUUGCAGACCUCGAAAGCGAAAUGCACGAUGUGGUUCGUGAACUAGUUCGAACCAAUCUAGAUGUUCAGAACUUCAAGUUGAGCAAUCCACAAGUCAAAGAGAUUGUAGCCACUGUUCGGCGGCGAAGUGUCGAGAGCCAGAAAUCGGGUAUUGCCACUGAUGUGGAGGUGGAAAAAUUGCGCAAUAAGCUUAAUGAAUUUAUUGAAGAGAGGGACAGCUGGUUAGAGGAAAUACAAAAACAACAGGUCGAGAUGACUGCUGCCCGUGUUACGGCUGAACAGAUGCGUUUCCGUGAUGACACACUGACAGCAGAGAAUGAGAAACUGAAGACACAAUCCACAGCACUUCGAAAAAGGAUCUGCGAUUUGGAGCAAGAAAUGAAGAAGCUUUCAGGACAGCAAAACCUUCAGCAACGAAUCCAUCAUCAUGCCAAGAUCAAGGACGAAAACAAUUCACUCAGGCUAGAGGUGGAGGGCCUCAAUACCAAGUUGAGGCGCCUCGAAAUGAUGUUUGCUAGGGUGAAGGAUGAGCUUGAGCGUUACAGAAUAUCUGCCGGGAAAUCACCCUUCCCAAACAUCGAUGAAGAGCAGCGGCUACGAAGCAAAUUGCAGGAAGCAGAGGAAAGGAAAAUCCAGUUCGCGCAGCAAUUUAUCACACUGUGUAACGCCAUUCAACGGGCAGCAGGCAGUUCAAAGUCUGUGACGCGAGUCGAUCAAUCGACGGCCAUUGAAGCAAUUCGUAACGUAGAAUCACGGCUACGCAGCGCGGAAGACGAAGUCUCUGACUUUAAAUUAAAGGCAAGAAUAUCGGGAGAAAAGAGGCGGCUCAGCGAAUUGCGGACAUUCCAAAGUCCGAUGAAGUCCAAGCCUCGCAACAACAUUUCAGGAGCCCUGCCAAACAUCGGUGAUGAUAUAUAGCGUACGUAGCCUAGUAUUAGACAUAUAAGUGUACAGUGCCAUGUAAGUUCAUUAUACAUUUUGAUUCAUUUCAAGGUUUCUUGCCUCGAGUGGCAUUAAACUCGGUAGUUUAAUUUUACAGAGUUGUCCAUGAACAAUAAUACAUUCUGCAGUGGGUUACCGUAGCACAGGGUAUAUCUAAUGACGUCGGCUUUAAUCAUAUUGAUGUAGCCAUUUCGUUCAACCAUUUUUGGUGUGUUCGUUGCACCAUCUUCUUCUUCACGAUGCUCAUUGGGUAUCGCGAUAAAAUAUACGACCAUUUUUCACGCCGGUCAUAAAUAACUAUUCUUAUCCAC